AUGAUGAUGGGGAGGGGGAGGGGGGAAACAGUUCUUAAGGAGCUUGGGAAACGGCCGGAUCAAGACAUUCCCGCUGUCAUCAUGGAUCUCAAAGUUGCUUUUCUCGCAGCCUGCUUGUGCGCGGUUGCCGUUAACUACAUCCAAGCUGGCAUCCCCAAAUGCUGCGUUUCAAUCCAAAAUGACAUCCCCCUGCGAGCCCUGCUGCAGGUGCAGAGGUGGGAGCUUCAGAGCAGCAGUGGAGCCUGUGACAUCGACGCACUCGUCCUCCGUGUGAAAAACGUGCAGAGGCCUAUUUGUGCUCAUCCCAAAGUGAAAAGGCUUUUGAUGCGCAUUCAGAAACGGAGAAGACGCAGCCAUCCCAAGGACACCAACUGA